CUAGCGUAUAUUUACACUCCAAUCAAUUUUAAAGAGAAAUUGGGCAAAGAAGUCCUUGUUUCAAAUUGUAGCCAAAUCCAAUCAAAUUCGACUGAAAGUCAAAUGAAUUUCUCAGGGAAGUACCCCUUUUAGCCUCACAGUGUCGCUGUUGACUAAUCAUAGAGGGGAAAUAAGGUUUGAAUUCAUUAGAAGCAAGCGGAGAACAAAGACAGCCAUACAUAUUAAUAUUUUGUCGAAACUGCUUCUCUGAAAGGAUUUUAAUCUGAAAGAUCAGCCAUAUAUGAUAUUUUAUAGGUAUAUUUCACUGUGCUUCUGGAGAUGAUGAGGUUAGUGAAUCACUUUUUGAUGUUGUGUAAUAUAGCAAAUAUUUUUUGCCUGAAAAUCCGUUAUUCUAUUCCCGAGGAAAUGCAGGAAGGAACAGUAAUUGGAAAUGUGGCGUCCGAUAUCGGUCUAGAUACUGGCAAUAUUUAUAAACGGGAGCUGCAGAUUGCUUUGGGAAGUGGGAAGCAUUAUCUGGAUGUUAGCAAAAUUAACGGACAUUUAUUUAUUAAGAAAAAUAUUGACCGAGAAAUUAUCUGCGAAUUCAAAGGUGAAUGCGUACUUAUUCUGGAGGCCUUGCUUCAAAAUCCACUACAAAUGUUUACCAUCGAGGUAGAAAUAUUGGACGUGAAUGACAAUGCUCCGAGAUUCCCCGUCAGUGUACAUUUAAUAAAUAUUUCCGAAGCAAAGGUAAAAGGUGAAAGUUUUGUGUUGGUGAUGGCCAUCGACCCCGAUGUUGGUAAUAACUCAGUGUGUAAUUAUAAAUUGAGCGAAAAUUUGUACUUCCAGAUCAACGUGCAUACUUGGAAAGAUGGCUUCGUGUCCGCAGAAUUGUUAGUCCUGCGGACAUUGGACAGAGAGAAACAAGCAGUGCACAACUUAAUUCUAACGGCACUGGAUUGUGGAAAACCUGCAUUGUCUGGCUCGAUUAAUAUCACGGUUAAUAUACUUGAUGACAACGACAAUGCUCCAACAUUUGAAAGACAGAUUUACGAAGUAGAGGUUCUUGAAAACAUAUUAAUAGGGACGACAUUUAUUACACUAAACGCGACAGAUGCUGACGAAGGCUCCAACGCCGAGUUACUAUAUUCAUUUUGCCCCCCCACCUUUGAGAAGGCAAAAAUGAAAUUCCGUUUAAAUUCGUGGACUGGUGAGCUCAGUGUAAGUGAAUUACUGGACUUCGAAAAGUCUCAUCAAUUUGAAUUAUUUGUGCAAGCAAAAGAUAACGGGCCAAAUCCAUUGACUGGACGCUGUAAAGUAGUAAUAAAAAUCAUUGACUGCAAUGACAACCAGCCAGAAAUUAUUGUUGCCUCUCUGCAGAGUUCUGUGUCUGAAGAUGUACCCAUAGGCACAGUCAUCGCACUCUUUAGUGUUUCAGAUCAGGACUCUGGAAACAAUGGAAAGAUAAAAUGUCACAUAUCAGACAAUGAUGCGUUUGAACUUCAGAAAACUGCGGAUAAUGUUUAUGCUCUGGUGAAUGCAGAGCUUUUGGAUCGAGAAAGACAAUCUAGCUUUAAUAUCACUGUCGUUGUAAAGGAUGAAGGAACACCUCCUCUGUCAAACAAUAAAACAAUUUCUUUAAAUCUUUUGGAUGUAAAUGACAACGCGCCAUCAUUUUCGCGUGCUUCAUACGAAAUUCCAAUUCCAGAAAACAACAUUUCUGGGACUCUGCUGUGUUCCAUCACUGCAAUAGAUUCUGAUGCAAAUUUGAACGGCGCUCUGAAAUACUUCAUUAAAGAAACAAAUUACUCCAAUAACACAUUCACAAAAUAUUUCUCCAUCAAUCGGGACAAUGGAAACAUUUACACACUACAGUCUUUCGACUAUGAGAAACAGACAUUUUAUACGUUUAAUGUGGUAGCUAAAGACUCUGGCACUCCUCAGCUAAGCAGUAGUGUGACUGUGAAGAUAAAUGUUCUUGAUGAAAACGAUAACACACCGGUUAUUGUGUCACCCUGGCGCCCUCAUGGAUCAAUAGUUAGCGAUACAAUUCCUAGUUCGGCUGAAGAAGGAUAUUUAGUGACUAAAGUUAUAGCAAUUGAUGAGGACUCGGUUCAGAAUUCACGAAUUACUUACCAUUUACUUCAAGUUACUGACCAGACUUUGUUUACAUUAAACCAGUACAAUGGAGAGCUUCGAACAAGAAGACGUCUUGGUGUUAGGGACUCUUCGAAACAAAGACUUGUGAUUCAAGCCCGGGACAAUGGCAAUCCUUCACUGUCAUCAACAGUUACAAUCCUCAUAUCAAGAUCUAACCCAGAAGUUGAAGGUCUUCUUACACCAAAUGAUGAGUGAUCUGUACCGCACUUAAAU